AACAAUAAAUAACGUUUUGAAAUGCAAUCACGCAUGCGUAUAAGUACGUUUAUUAAAUUUAUGACUAUUUAAAAACAUUCCAUGCGAAUUAAAAGAAGAAUAAUUGUAUUAAAAUAAGGUUAUUAUAUUUCUUCAAAGUAAUUAUUACUUUCUUCAUCGAAUAAAUUGGUAAUAUAGCCUAUUUUAAUGAUUAAUAUUAGGAUUCACUUUCUUCUUGGAAUCUCGUCUUAAAUUUGUGUUUCAACAACACUCGGUGUGAAUCACAUUUAAGAAUCUUCCGAAUUACGAACUUGUGACAUACCACGGAAACCUGUGAAAAAGUUCUUCCGCGGUAGCCAAGACAUUCUUCGCGCGCUGGCGCAUUCAUUUAAAAGUGAAUGGUGGAAACUCUUCGAAUUCUCGAUGUGUCAGUUCUUCACGGACCGUGGUGAUAGACUAAAUCGACUGGAUUGGGAUCGCAGAAACCACGCGAACGACGAUUUUAUAAAGGGUUUUUCGAAAAUGAGAUACAAAAAAUUGAUGUGAAAUAUUCGUGAAUAAUUUAUAGUGGUGUAGUUCGGUUGAUUUUUUGUAGGAAGUAAAUAGAAAGGAGGAUAUUAUUUUAGAUAUGACUUCGAAUGGCCUCAGAAAUGACACUUACAGCGAUGAUAAUUUAUCAGACGACGAAAGUGCCCCCUUGACUGAAAAUAUCUACAGCGGGAGCACAAGGACUGUACAAGAAACGAAAGGAUGGGACGUAUUCAGGGAUCCUCCCAGAAAGGAAAUUUCUGGUUCUAUGGCCAAUCAGAAAUGUUUAGAAAUCUCAGUGAUAAUACUCAAAGCUGUAGCUUAUCUAGUGACUUUCAUCAUAGUUUUAGCUUCUGGUGUUAUAGCGAAAGGAACGCUUUUAUUCAUGGCGUCGCAACUUAGAGUAGAUAAAGUUUUAGAAUAUUGUAACAAGGAUUUAGGGAGAGAAAAACAAUUCAUAGUUAAAUUACCGACACCAGAACGAGUGGUAUGGAUGUGGUGUCUAUUUUUCGCAUACUGCAUCCCCCAAUUAGGAGCCCUGUUUCGUUCUACGAGAAUGUGCUACUUCAAAUCGUCGAAAAAACCGCAAUUUUCGCACUUUUUAAUCAUUUUCAUUAUGGAAACGGCCCACACGAUCGGCGUAGCUAUAUUAGUUUUUCAUAUUUUACCGGAAAUAGAUGUAGUUAAAGGAGCCAUGUUAACUAACUGCCUUUGCUUCGUACCUGCCGUUCUAGGUUUACUUUCUAGAAAUAACAAAGAAUCUCAAAGGUACCUCAAAGUACUGAUAGACCUCGUCGCGAUAUCUGCCCAAGCCACCGGGUUCAUCGUUUGGCCCAUUAUGGAAGGACGACCCGAUCUGUGGAUCAUACCGAUUGCCAUCUUCCUAGUAUCCAUGGGUUGGUGGGAGAAUUACAUUUCCAAAAACAGUCCGAUUCCUUUCAUAAAAAACUUGGGCAAAAUCAGGGAGCAGUACGAUCAAACCAGAUAUUUCACUUACAUGUUUAUAUCGGUUUGGAAGAUUAUUUGUUUCUUCGUUACCAUAUUGUUCGUUAUACUGGCCAGAGAAGGAGAGAUUGGCUUCUUCUUCACGGAGUUUUCGGAAGGAUGGGGAGCUCACCCCAUCACCAUAUUAGAGAUCAAACCAGUACUGGGCGGUACUUCUUUACCGGAUAUAUCGGAGAUAAUACCAACCGGCGACGACACUGUGAUCCAAUCCAACGACAUGACCCCAAUCUACGUUUUGCUGAUCAACGUCUGCGCGUCAUAUUUAGCAUACAUAUUCGGAAAAUUCGCUUGCAAAAUCAUGAUACAAGGUUUUUCUUACGCGUUUCCGGUGAAUCUAACAAUACCGGUAUCCAUAUCUUUACUGAUAACGGCUUGCGGGUUACGGAACGGGGAUCCGUGCUUCUUCCACGACACCAUCCCCGAUUAUUUGUUCUUCGAAUCGCCGCCGGCGGUGUUCCUCAACGAUUUCAUAUCCCACCAGCACGCUUGGGUGUGGUUGCUGUGGCUGCUGUCCCAAACUUGGAUCACCAUCCAUAUUUGGACCCCGAAAUGCGAACGUUUAGCCAGAACCGAAAAACUGCAAAUCGUUCCGAUGUACGACGGUUUCCUGAUCGAUCAAAGUUUGGGCUUGAAUCGACGUCGGGACGACGGAUCCGACGUCAAACCGGAAGAUCUCGAUGAAAUACAAAAGGAAAAAGCCGACGAAUACUACGAGACUAUUUCUAAUCACACGGACGGUUCGUCUCCGAAGAAUAUCAAAAAUUCCGAUCACAUAACGAGGAUUUACGCAUGCGCCACCAUGUGGCACGAAACCAAAGACGAAAUGAUGGAGUUUCUCAAGUCUAUACUCAGGUUAGACGAAGAUCAAUCCGCCAGAAGGGUUGCGCAGAAGUACUUGAGAGUCGUCGAUCCCGAUUAUUACGAAUUCGAAACUCACAUUUUCUUCGACGAUGCUUUCGAAAUAUCUGAUCACAACGACGAUGAUACUCAAGUGAAUCGAUUCGUUAAACUGUUGAUAGCUACUAUCGACGAAGCCGCUUCCGACGUCCACCAGACGCGCAUACGAGUCCGGCCUCCGAAGAAGAUCCCCACACCUUAUGGGGGUAGAUUGAUUUGGCAGUUACCCGGGAAAACUAAGAUGAUAGCUCACUUGAAGGAUAAAAUGAAAAUCAGACACAGGAAGAGAUGGUCGCAGGUUAUGUAUAUGUACUACCUACUCGGACAUAGACUAAUGGAACUGCCGAUAUCCGUAGAUAGAAAAGCUACGAUUGCAGAAAACACUUACCUACUAACUUUAGACGGCGACAUCGACUUCCAACCAUCGGCAGUACUACUUCUCAUAGAUUUAAUGAAGAAAAACAAAAAUUUAGGAGCCGCGUGCGGUCGUAUCCACCCAGUUGGAUCAGGACCGAUGGUGUGGUAUCAACUUUUCGAAUACGCCAUUGGGCAUUGGUUACAAAAAGCUACCGAGCACGUCAUAGGCUGCGUGUUAUGUAGUCCCGGUUGUUUCUCCCUUUUCCGAGGAAAAGCCCUGAUGGACGACAACGUCAUGAAGAAAUAUACGACAUGUUCGGGCGAAGCGCGACAUUACGUUCAAUACGAUCAAGGAGAGGAUCGCUGGCUCUGCACUUUAUUACUCCAAAGAGGAUACAGAGUCGAAUAUUCGGCCGCUUCGGAUGCUUACACCCACGCCCCCGAAGGUUUCAACGAGUUCUUCAACCAGCGUCGGCGAUGGGUACCGUCUACAAUAGCUAACAUCAUGGAUCUUCUGAUGGAUUACAAAAAAACCAUCGAAGUCAAUGAUAACAUAUCCAUGCCGUACAUCGGUUACCAGAUAUUGCUCAUGGGAGGUACCAUCUUGGGUCCCGGUACCAUAUUUCUUAUGUUGGUGGGGGCGUUCGUCGCUGCUUUCCAGAUAGAUAAUUGGACGAGUUUUUAUUACAACAUUUGGCCCAUUCUACUCUUCAUGUUUGUAUGCUUCACCUGCAAAUCGAACAUACAGUUAAUCGUUGCUCAAAUUCUUUCGACUGGUUACGCCCUGAUCAUGAUGGCUGUGAUAGUUGGUACCGCUCUCCAAUUAAGAGAAGACGGCGUCGGUUCUCCUUCCGCCAUUUUCUUAAUAGCCAUGACGGGUUCGUUCAUGAUAGCCGCCAUUUUACAUCCGCAAGAAUUUUGGUGCAUCGUACCCGGUAUAAUUUAUCUACUAUCAAUACCAUCUAUGUAUCUAUUAUUAAUCCUAUAUUCUAUUAUCAAUUUGAAUAACGUAUCUUGGGGUACCAGAGAAGUGGCCGUUAAAAAAACAAAAAAAGAGUUAGAAGAAGAAAGGAAACAAGCCGAGUUGGAGAAGAAGAAAGCGAAACAAAAAUCUUUAUUAGGGUUCCUUCAAAAUGGCGGCGUUAAUGAUGACGAUGAAGGUAGCAUCGAAAUAUCUUUGGCCGGAUUGUUUAGAUGCAUGUUGUGCACUCAUAAAAAAUCCGGGGACGAAAAGGCGCAACUUAUGCACAUCGCGGAUUCGUUGGACGGUUUAGCUAAACGAUUGGACCAUAUAGAAAAGGUGGUCGAUCCGGCCGGUCACCGUUCGAGGAAACGGAGUAUGUCUUCUUCGUCUCGGCACGGCGAUCAUCUUAAACCUGUUAACGAAGAAGAGGAAGAAUCUUCGGACGAAUCGGAUGAUGAUACUGUGUCUAUUACACCGAAAAAUAAGCGAGACGAUUUGUUGAAUCCUUAUUGGAUCGAAGAUCCGGAUGUACUGAAGGGCGAAGUGGAAUAUUUGAGUAGCAACGAGCUGCAAUUUUGGAAAGAUCUGUUGGAAAAAUAUCUGUAUCCUAUAGAUGAGAAUAAGGAAGAGAAAGCCCGUAUAGCAGCCGACCUGAAGGAGCUAAGGGAUCAAUCGGUUUUCGCUUUCUUUAUGAUGAACGCCCUUUUUGUAUUAAUUGUAUUUUUGCUGACCUUGAAAAAAGACUAUCUGCACAUCAAAUGGCCCUUCGGAGUACGCACUAACAUAACCUACGACGAAACAACACAAGAGGAAAGGAUAGCAAAAGACUUGAUAGAGCUACGCAACAAGUCGGUUUUUGCUUUCCUCAUGUUUAACGCUUUAUUCGUAUUAGGAGUGUUUCUACUCCAAUUGAAUAAGGAUCAAAUUCACGUUAAAUGGCCUUUAGGCGUUCGAACUAAUAUAACGUAUGUUGAGGAGACCUCAGAGGUCCACAUAUCAAAAGAAUAUCUUCAACUGGAACCGAUCGGUCUUGUAUUCGUCUUCUUUUUCGCUUUAAUUUUGGUUAUACAAUUCGUAGCCAUGUUGUUCCAUAGAUUUGGGACUUUAGCCCAUAUUCUCGCGUCUACAGAACUCAACUGGACUUGUACGAAAAAGAAAGAAGAAAUGUCUCCUAACGCUCUUCUGGACAAACAAGCUGUGGAAAUCGUGAAACAACUACAACGUCUGCAAGGUAUCGAUGGGGACUACGAUAAUGAUUCCGGAUCCGGACCAGAUAGGAUCGGCAGAAGAAAAACUAUACACAAUUUAGAAAAAGCGGCUCAAAAGAAAAGACAAAUAGGCACUUUAGACGUUGCUUUCAAGAAGAGAUUCGCUAAACUCAACGCCAAUCCCGAAGGAGGUACGCCGGUGUUGAGUCGUCGAAUGACGAUGAGAAGGGAAACAAUGAAGGCACUGGAGGUUAGAGUAAACUCUGUGAUGGCGGAACGUAGAAAAUCCCACAUGCAAACUUUGGGCGCCAAAAACGAAUUCAAUGGAACCAACAACAAUAUCAGAACGCACAGGAGCAGUGUCGCCAGCAGUAUUCCUGCAAAAGAAGUUUUCGAAAACGGUCACGUUAAUCAGGCGUUCGAAGAGGAAAUUUAUGGUAGUAGAAACUCUUUACCGAUGCAUACUAGAGGUAACACUGUUAGUUGGAUGGGGAGUAAUAGUCGAAUGUAAAAUUUAGUUGGAUCAAAAUGUUCCAGUGUUCAAUUUUAGAUCCUUUAGUUUUGUUUGAAACAAUGUUGUUUCAGUAUGUUUACUCUCUUAGUCUGUGGAUUGAUCAAUAAAUCAAGUUUUCCGUCCUAUUUUACCAGAUUGGUUAGAAAUUAUUAUAAUCUGUGAUUUUGUUAUCA